AUGUCACAAUCAUAUUUCUAAAAUGCCCUCAAAUAUGUGAAAAUUCUGGAAGAAUAAAAUCGCAUUUCAAAAGAAGAAAAAUCUAUACUUAAAAUGAUAAUUGUGAAUCAAGAUGUUAAUGAAAAGAUGCUAAACAAAAGGGAGGCUGUGACUUAAGUCUCUUAAAAGUUAAAAACACUCAGGAGAAUAAGGAGAAUAUAUUUGUAAACAUCACAGAGUUUAAACUAAAUAACUGAAAAAAGUAUGGAAAUAGAUUUUUGA